AUGGCUCCUGGUGGAGAUGAUUCAUCGGUGAAGGUUGCUAUCCGAAUCCGGCCGCAGCUGGCCAGAGAGCAAAUUGAAGGCUCAAGGAUAUGCACCUUCGUCACCACUGGAGAGCCGCAGAUAACGCUCGGCAAGGACAAGCAAUUCACCUACGAUUAUGUCUUUGAUCUUGACAACUCGCAGCAGCAGGUUUACUCUGGCUCUGUGCAGAAGCUUGUAGAAGGAUGCUUCGAUGGCUUCAACGCGACGGUAAUUGCGUAUGGCCAAACAGGAGCUGGAAAAACACACACCAUGGGCACCGGUUUUGAGCUAAACACGCCAAGCGAGCAAGAAGGAAUGAUCCCCCGCGCUCUUCGCCAAAUCUUCGACGGAGUCCAUUCUCGCCAGGCGAAAGCCAUUCAAGAAGAUAGCAUCAAGCCCGAUUUCUUCAUCUCCGUCCAAUUCAUGGAAAUCUACAACGAAGAGGUGCACGACUUGUUCAAUCCAGAAGGCAACGAAAAAGUCCGCAUUCACGAAAAAGACGGCUCCAUCGUCGCGGACGGGUUAAAAGCUGUCGAUACAAAGAGCUAUCAAGACACAAUGAAAUUGCUUCAACAAGGCGCAUUGAACAGAACAACAGCUUCGACAAAGAUGAACACUCAAUCAUCUCGCUCGCACGCCGUCUUUACACUCAACAUCAAACAAACCCGCGCUGCUCCCUGCAAUUCAGAUGAAAAAGAAAAUAAAAAUUUGGAUCUAGAAACCGUCUCUGCAAAGUUUCAUUUUGUCGACUUGGCUGGCUCCGAGCGGCUGAAACGAACUGGUGCUACAGGAGACAGAGCAAAGGAAGGAAUCUCUAUCAAUCAGGGCUUGCUCGCCUUGGGCAAUGUCAUUUCUGCCCUUGGAGAUGCGUCGCAAAAACGAAAGCACGUGCCCUACCGCGACUCGAAAAUCACCCGUCUUCUUCAAGACUCACUGGGAGGCAAUUCUCGUACUAUCAUGAUCGCCUGCGUCUCCCCAUCAGACUCGGACUUUAUGGAAACACUCAACACGCUAAAAUACGCCAACCGAGCGAGGAACAUUCAAAACAAAGUUACUAAAAACCAAGAUUCUUCAUCAAAACAACUCGCUUUACUUCGGACUCAACUUUCUCAAGCACUUUCUGAAUUGGCGCUUUACAAGACUAAUGGCGCCAAAGCUGUAAAUGGGGCUGGAGACAAUUCCUCAUCUGUCGACAUUGCUGGCUACAACGAUAUGUUUCAGGAGAAUUAUUUGCUUCAGGAAGAAAUCAAGAAACUCAAGGAAAAGAUAAAAGAGCUGCAGGACACUGUUGAUCGUCAGAAAGAGAGAUUAAUAGCGCUGCAAAUGGAAAACGUCGAUUCAAAAGACAAAGAAGGCCGAAAAGUCAAUCCAAAGGAACUCAUAGAACGAGCAAAGUACGACAUUGAGCUGCGAAAAGCUGGAGUUCAGACGAGCGCAGAAUAUUCGCAGAGGGAAUCGGAAUCGCACGGGGAAGAGGAAGAAUUUGACGAUGAUUUUGAUGAUCACUCGCCUUCUGAUGACGAAGGAAUCAUUGAAUAUGAUUUGAAUGCGGCGGAACAACACAAUGAGCUCACUGAUAUCACCAACGAAAUCGACCUGAAAGAACAACUCGUCCUCCAACUCGAAGCAACGAUGGCCAACUUAGAACAUCAACGAAAAAAGUACGAAAACCAGCUCUCAAUCCUCGAAACAAAGAUCCAGGAAGCUGAAAAAGAACGUGAUCUAGCUCUGGCCAAGCAAAAAGACAAGAGCGACAAAGAUCCUCGGUCGAAAGAAAAAAUCCGCGAAAUGGAGCAAAAACUAUCGCUGCUCAGAAAUGAUCUGAAACAACUCCAGCAGCAGAAGAUUGAAAACGAGAAGCUGUCAAGACGAGAAGAAGCAAAAUCAAGAGAACUGGCAGACGCAAAAAUGAAGCUGCAAGAAAUGAAACGCCAAAAAGUAGAUUUGAUCAAGAAAAUGCGCGACGAUGCAAAAAUUUUCAAAGAAAAAGAGAUGAAGACACAAAAAGAGCUGAAUAAAUUGAAGAAGUCGAUGAGAUUGACGGAAACAAACGCAGCAGCUGCUAAUUUGAAGCAAAAAUCGACUGAGGAAAAAUUGCAAAGAUCGGAAAAAGCUGUGAAUGAGCUGAAAUUACAGUUAAAAAAUGUGAAAAACGCGGCGAGUAAAAACGCCAACUACAGUAAAAUGUGGUCGGUUACUCAGCAAAAAAUCCGAUCGGCCAUCGCCGCCAGAGAAACCCAGAAAGAUGUCGAAAAUGAGCUAGAAAAGCUUUUGGCGGAACGAAAGUCUCUCGAAGAUGACAAGUCCUUUCAAAACGACGAACAUGUGGAAUAUAUUUCCGAAAGGAUUCAAGAGGCCCAGAGUCAACUUGUUGAGCUUGCUGAUGAUGAACCUAUAGUGGAUGUCGAAAAUGCUUCGCGAAGUCAAUUAAUUUACUUACUCAACCAGAUGGUUCCUUUCUUUGUGAAUGCGCACGCGAAUGUGAACCAGGAGAAACGGCAAAUGACGGCCAAUUAUCAGAAGGUUCAAAACGAGCUUGAUUCCAAAGAAUCAUAUUUCGCAAUGCAAAAGCAACUGAUUUCUCAUCUGAUGGACAAAAAAACCUCCCGGUCCGACCCAUUGCCGACCCCAAGAACAGCUUCGAAAAAGAAGCGAACUGCGAACAUGUUCGGCCUCUCUUCAGCCCUUGGUCUUCCAGGACCAAGUGGGGAGAAUGGCGAUGAAUCGACGGAUAGAUCGCCUUCUCCGACAUCAACAAUAAGUAGUACUGAAACGGGGAGUUCUAAGGACACUUCUUCUUCGUCGAAAUUGAGCUCGAGAGUUGGCGGCUUUUUCUCAAGGAAUUCUAGUAGCAAGGUUACUGUCGACCGGGCAGCCACUGGAAAAUUCCUCCCCUCUCAUUCGCCCGAGGACGAAGACAACACUGUAGGAUUGAAGUGCACUCAAGCUCUUGUUGGUCAUCAGAAAGCGAUCAUUUCGAUCGUCGCCUCUGAAGAGUUCCUCUUCACUUCUGGCCGCGACAAGUUGAUCAAAAUGUGGGACCUGGUGGACGACAAAGAAGUGCUUCAGUACAGCAUGCCCAGUCCAGUGGAAUUGCUCGCUUUUGAUUCGAAGCAACGCAUUUUGUAUACAGUUGAUGGGGGAAAAGUAUCCGCUUGGGACACGGAGACAGGAAAUGAAAAGCCGCUAAAAGUCAUCACGGAGAACAAACCGAUUCAGUUCGUGGAAACUGAUGACUGUGGACGGCUCUGGAUCGCUGUCGACAAGACUGUGAAGUGUUACGUCAACCAUUUGGACACGGGACUUCGAUGCGCGUCACCUUCAGAGAUAACCGCCCUCUCAGUCCGAACAGUUUCCGAUUUAGAAGUCUCCGUAGCUGUCGGCGGCCGCGACAACUCCACGCGUCUUUUCCGUCAUUCCUUUGAGCUGCCAGCUGAUUCAAUCGCACCAAAAAUAACACUUUCGCCUCAUCUUGACACUGUCACUGCCAUCGUUGAAUUCGAAGAUUUCAUCGCUACCGGCUCGCGAGAUAAUUCCAUAAAGCUCUGGUCUUCCAAAGGCGAAUUGGUCAAGACUUUUUCAAUGGCUCAUGCUGACUGGAUUCUUUCGAUGAAAAUCAUUCCCGGAAGAAAUGCCUUUGUUUCUGUAGCAAGGGAUGGCUCCUUAGCCAUCUGGUCAACAAAUCUGGAGAAGAUUGGGCACAUUACGGCAGCUGAUGCGGUCGCGGUCCGCUCAAUCGGAACUACCCGAACGCAUGUAUUUACCGGUUCACCUGUCAAAAAGUCCGGCAAAGCCUGGCUCAUUUGCUUUUAA